AUGAAUGAAUCCAUUAAGUCCAUUCAUAAAGACAUUUCCAAAGCAGCUCAGAUUUCUAAUGGUUCGCCUGAUGCUGAACCGGAUUGCUGUCUGCCGAUUUCUAAUGGUUCGCCUGAUGCUGAACCGGAAACACCGGAAUCGUGCCGCGUGCCACCUGACAGUCCUCCAUCGAUGCACAUUGCUGCGAACAGUUCCGAUGAUCCAAACGCUACCAUCAUCAGCCCGCAUUGCUCGGUUGCUACGGACGAAUUGCGCCAGUGCUUGCAGUUGGCUACGCCUCUCCAAGCUAUUUUGGUUGAGGUGCGCCAAAAAAUUUUCUUAAAUCCGGCCGUUAACGACCACUACAAGGCCUACUUCGACGAUAUGUUGUUUGCUGCUAGGGAACCUCCUCCUCCAGUUCGUCCUUCUUCCCUUCUUCCCAGUUCAACACCAAUUAGAUCUCCCACUCCAUCACCCAUUUUCCCACACAAUAUUUCACCCAUUCCUUAUCUCACUCCAUCCCCCACUCCACCACCAAUUCCCACCCAAUAUUCCACUAAUCCCAUCUCCUCCCAAAGCAGAUGCACAAACAUGCAGCAUUUGCGGAUUCGUCGUCAAUAGUCGAUAUCGGUCGCAGCUGCUGCAACACAUGAUGACGCACGAGAACAAAAUAACGUGUCCGGUGUGUACAAAGGCCAUGGCAAAAA